AUGGAGCAGGUCGGCGGGCCGUCGCGGCUCUCGUCCAUCACAGCAAAGUCGGUGUCGCCGACGCGAUCGAGGACAGGCGUGCCGGCGACGAUAAAGACGGUGAUCACCGAGCCCCCAUGGGCCAGAGACGAGCCCGACUCGCCCACCAACUCUGUCCACCAGCUCCAACACCAUGACUCCCACUCCCGCCCGGCGUCGAGCGUGGACAUGCUCUCGAUGGCCUCGUCCAGCAGACCCGACGGCGAACACCGCUGGUUCCCAUUCACGCGACGGCGAAACGACGGCCUCCUCCGCCCCCAUUCCUCCUCCCUCUCCACCACCGCAGAUGCCGGCCCGUCCCACCCGCGAGAGACGCGCGAGUCGAGCUCGACGGGCCGAGGGACGCUGGCGCCGUUGGUCGAAACGGGCAACUCGCCUGCGGCCGCGAACAGCCCCACAGAGCGUCAGCCGCCCGGAGGCCGAUUACGCUCUUGGGGUCUGCAUCUCAACAUGCCGCAGCCGGCGCCUAGCACAAUGGCUCAAUCUAAGACGCCCGGAUGGGACAGUCCCUGGAUGGCAAAGCCGCUCGACGAGAGUGGUAUGCCCGGUACCGGCGCCGGCACAGGACCCUCGGUCAACACCGGCAACGAGGUCAAGGCCGAGGAUCUCACUGGCUGGGCAGCAUUCAAGAAACGGACGAGGAGGUUCUUGUUGAAUAACGUCUACGUUCCGCUCCUGUUUCGUAUCGUCAACAUUGGCCUGACCACCGCCGCCCUGGGUAUCGCCAUACGACUACGCAUAAUUGAGGAGCGAGAUACCACCGUCGGUGUUUUGGGCGCGUCUCCCACCCUCGUCGUGAUCUUCGCCCCGCUAACGCUCGUGCACGUUAUGAUUGCCAUAUACCUCGAGUAUCUCGGCCGACCGCUCGGCCUAUGGCGAACGUCCGCCAAACUCGCGCAUACACUCGUGGAAGUCGUCUUCAUCUGUCUGUGGUCGGGUUCCCUGGCGCUAUGCUUGAACGACUACUUUCUCUACUUCAUUCCAUGUACAGCCCAAUCCUCACUGGAGAAGGACGCCUCGAAGCACGUACCGUGCGGACAUCAACUCAUCCUCACGUGUCUGGUCGCCAUCGGACUCGGCAUGUACUGUUUCAACCUCAUCAUCUCCCUCUUCCGCAUCUUCGAGAAGGUCAAGGUGCACAACGCCAGUCACUUCUCGACCGGAUGGGGAGGCGGAUGGAGCUCGACAUGGAGUCGCGUCGGCGCACACCUGCCAUAG